UAGCCUAUCGAUUGCUAGAUUUGUUUACAUCCAAAUAAACUAUUUUCUUUAAUGGCAUCAGAAUGCCAUUAACUAAAAGAUAUACGCCAAAUAUAUCUGAUCUGCUGCCCGAGCGCGAAUACCGAUGUGAGCUUUGCGGAAAUCAAGUGUUCCACAAUCUAAGCCACUACCAACUACACCUGCGACGACGGCAUAAAGUUGAGACCACAGCUUUGGAUAACAACAGACCUUCGGCCUCUGAUCCCACCAUUACAUUCCACUGUCCAGUCGAACCAUGCCUUUAUCAUUCAGAGCGAGUGGGAGGACGGAGUUUCACCAGCAUACGGUUGUUGCGCCAGCACUACCAAAAGUGUCAUCUGGAUAAAAAGCUGAUCUGCGAGAAUUGUGGCGAACGCUUUUUGCUUCAGCGUCAUUUAGAGAAGCAUCAAUGUGCGGAGCACAAGUGUCCGGUAUGUGAGCUGACAUACAAUAGCAAAGCAGGUCUUAGGACUCAUAUGCGUCGCAAGAAUCACAUUUUAUCCAAGGACGGAGAGGAAGAAGAUGAGCCUCGACCAGAGAAAGUGGCCAUACCCACACAGAAGACAUGGACUAAAACUAACUCAAAUCAAUUUUUGAAGACCUCCCAAUGUCCAACAACUGAUAUGAUCCAGCAGAUUAUUCCAAUAUAUUGCUACAUUCCUAGCGUGGAGAUUGCCAACUCAGAACAGCCACAAUUGGAAAGGCUGGAUAUGGAGACGCAAACGGAGUCCGUGGAUCCAUUUGGUAUGGACAUGAAGAAUGAAGUGCUCCCGCCUCUAUUACGGCAUAAUAUACAAACUCAAACGCCCGAUACCAAAGAGAAUCAGGGCACAAUGACAGAUACCGCAACGGAGUCACAAUCAACUAACACGUACCCGCCUUCUUCCUACGAGCAUUCGACAGUUCAAACAAGAGAUGAACUCUUUGCUCUACAGACCUCGGCGUUUACUCACAUGCAUACACAAACUUGUGACGAAUUGCUUGAGGAGCUGUGCCUAUCGAAUAUACAAACUCAAACCCAUUGGCCGGAUGCAGGCGACGGCCUUUACAACACGCAACAUACACAAACCUGUGAUGAGAUGUUGGACGAGCUGUUGGAGAACUUUCAGUCGUCCGCUUACACCCAGACCAAAUGGUUGGAUUGGCAGGAGACUGAGGAAAGCAAUGGCAAUAUUGAUUUGAAUGGACAAUAAAAAAAUAUUCGUUACUCGUA